AUGCCUAGUUGCCAAGAAAUGUACUCUCAACAAUACACAAUCUUCAAAGUGUUAGAUGCUAUGUUGCAGACGGCGCGAGGUAGGAAAUAUCGCAGUAAUACCAUACCAGACAUGCGUAAGAAGGUGCUAGAACAAUGGGAAACAUUCUGCAGAAAUGAUGAGGCACUCAAAAAAAGGGACGAUAAGAAUGAAAAUGACCCGUAUUAUAAGGAGAAAGCGUAUGAAAUUGCACAAAAGAUGAAAGAGGACAUAUGGAAGAUUUUAAAUGAUGCAGAAGCAGAAGAAUCCCACACCGUUAAAAUAAGUCCACAACAAGGAGAUUCAAGUCCACAAGAACAUAGUUUAAAUGCACCGCAGUUAUCAUUCAAAUUAAUGGAAAUUGGUGAAGUGACAAAUGAAAAUCACAACAAACUAGCAAGAUCAUUAGAAAAUCAAUUUAAUUCUAACGUAGCAGAAUUAAAUUCUAUGAUAAAACUGGUCGAAACCAAGAAAGACAAGAUAUAUUUAACAAAACUGCUUGAGAGACUGGAAGUCCAGAUGAACAGACUGCUCGACAUUCGAUCAGAAAUGGCGAGAGAAGGUGCAGGAAAUGACUUUACGGAAGAUCAGUGGGAACAGUCCGGAGAAGAUUUCAACAAAGCUCAGAUGCAAAUAACAGAAUUGUUGACAUCUUUAGAAGCGGCACAAAGAAAAUCCGUAAUGGUCGAAAAAAUAAAAAUUCCAGAGUUUAGUGGACGUCGUGAAGAUUGGAACUCAUUUUAUGAAUUAUUCCGCACAUUAGUGCACGAAGAUAAAAAUGACUCAGAUCAAGAGAAGCUGUUUCGUCUACGGUCAGCUUUGAAGGGGGAUGCACUGCAGAUUAUUCAAAACAUGCCGUUAACCAGUUCAGCAUAUGAAGGGGCUUUGGAAGCAUUACGUAAAAGGUACGACAAUAAAAGGACUCUAUUCACACAUUAUGUGGACAGCCUAUUAGAUGUGCCAAAAAUUAAUGGAUCAUCAGUGCACAGUAUCAAGAAGUUAUUGGAUACAGCUAUAGAGAGCAUUGAGGGAAUCAAAUCCAUGAAUUUGAAACUGGGAGAUGCAUACCCAAUUCUGGCACACAUAAUAGUGCGCAAAUUGGAUAAAGAGACUCUUUUACAAUAUGAACAGACAAUACAAAAGUGUACGGAAAUUCAAGAUAUCAACGACGUUCUAAAAUUCUUGGAGCAAAGAUAUCAAACUUUGAAUUCAGUUUGGUCUAUAGAUGAUGGAGAUAAGCAGAGAUUCAAGCGACAAUACAGUUUUGAAGUGGCAGCAACAAACAGCGAAGAAAAUCAAAUAAAAUGCGGUUAUUGCAAAAGUUUUGGGCACAAGAUUCACCAAUGUCAGCAGUAUAAAACAUUAACAGUGAAGGAGAGGGUUCACGACUCAACUGAAGCACAACUGCAUGGAUUCGCGGAUGCAUCGGAAAAGGCUUAUGCAGCCGUAGUUUAUGUUAAAGUGAAUGGAGUUGUUCAGCUAGUAGCAGCUAAAAGCAAAGUCAAUCCCAUUAAAAAUAGGAAGACGUUACCAAAACUAGAGUUGUGUGCGGCGAAUUUAUUAGCGAAACUUAUGACAAAGGUUAUGAAAAUUUUGUCAAUAGAAGCAAAUGUAUUUAUGUGGAGUGAUUCGUCGAUAGCGCUGUCAUGGAUACGUAAUAGUUCUAGUAAAGAUCGAUUUAUAAGGACAAGAGUGAAGGAGAUUCAACAAUGGGUACCAGCAGCCAAAUGGCAAUAUGUAAAAUCAAAGGAAAAUCCGGCAGACAUGGGAUCCAGAGGGAUAUCAGCAGACAAGUUACCAGAGAAUAAUCUCUGGUGGAAUGGUCCGUCGUGGUUAAUGCGAGAUGAAGAGAGCUGGGAUACAAAGGAACCUGUGUAUGUCAAUGUGGCCGUCACAAAUGCGAACAGCGGUCCCAACUAUUUCAAUCAUAUGGUAAAAGAUUAUUCAUCGUUUACACGACUUAAGCGAGUGAUAGCGUAUGUGCUCAGAUAUAUCGCAAAGCUACGCGGAAAAAACUUUCCAGAUUACUUGACUGUGGAAGAAUUACGAGCUGCAGAAAUGUUUUUAAUAAAAGGCCAUCAACAACAAGAAUUUCCAGAAAUUGUCACGAGACUAAAAAAUAAUACGCCGAUUGAUCACAAACACAAGCUGGCUUCAUUAAAUCCCUUUUUAGACGAGAAUGGCGUGUUGAGAGUUGGAGGUCGAUUACAGUUAGCUUCGCUGGCGUAUAAUCGUAAACAUCCCAUAAUACUCAAUAAAUCAGAGCUGAGUGAUCUAAUUAUCAAGGACGCACAUGUGAAAACGCUCCAUGGUGGAAAUCGGAUAGUGGAACAUUUGCUAAAAAGAAAAUUUUGGAUUAUUGGGUUGAAAAACAACGUAAAACGGCUGAAUCGGGGUUGCGUCAAAUGUAUACGAUAUAAACGAGAAAAACAAUGCCAGCUAAUGGGAAUGUUACCAGAAUAUAGAGUUAAUGUAUCUGCACCGUUUACACAUUGUGGUGUAGACUAUGCAGGACCAAUAUACAUGAAGUGUUCAAAUGGCAGAGGCCAGAAAACAUAUAAAGGAUACAUUGCGGUAUUUAUUUGCAUGACAACAAAGGCAAUUCAUUUGGAACCGGUUAGCAGUUUGACGUCAGAAGCAUUUCUGGCGGCCCUAAAGCGCUUGUUUGCCAGAAGAGGUAAAAGUAGUCAUAUAUAUUCUGACAACGGCACAAAUUUUGUUGGAACAGUUAAACAUUUGGAUAGAGAUUUAAAGGCCGCCAUGAAGGAGAAUAACGCACUAGCACCUAUAUUAGCGACAGAAGGAGUGCAGUGGCAUUUUAUCCCCCCGGCAAGUCCCCACUUCGGAGGAAUAUGGGAAGCGGCUGUUAAAUCAAUGAAAUAUCAUUUACGAAGAGUUAUUGGUGAGAGUAAAUUGACAUUUGAAGAAAUGUCUACGCUUUUAUAUCAGAUCGAGGCCGUGUUAAAUUCGAGGCCGCUUUAUAACAUGGAUGAUAAUGCUGGCGAGGUGGAAGUCCUCACACCUGGACAUUUUCUAAUCGGAAGGCCCUUGAUAAGCUAUCCAGAAACGAGCGACGAACACAAGAUUACAGCCCUAGAUCGUUGGAAGCAAGUGCAGAAAAUGAAAAAUUGUUUUUGGAAGCAAUGGAAAUCAAACUAUCUAGAAACACUCCAACAACGGUACAAGUGGAAAACCGAAAAGAAGAAUAUACAGAGGGGACAAGUGGUGAUAGUUAAGAAUGAGGAAACACAUCCUGGACGAUGGCCGUUAGGUAAAGUCGAAGAUGUCCAUCCAGGACCGGAUGGGUUAGUAAGAGUCGCCACUUUAAAAACCCAAGCAGGGUUGAUAAAGAGAUCCGUGAACAAGUUGUGCCCAUUAGAAGGCGUAAAAACUGAUGAAAAACGUGACAGCUCCAAUGGAAAGAGAACCGGCAAUCUGGCAGGCUACUUAGUGCUUUUGCUUCUUGCUUUAACUCAAGUAAAACCUACGGUCGCUGACAGCUUAACCAAUAUCACGGAGCUGCAGGAGUCAACCGCACUAUAUUUGGACCAGGUUGGAUCAGUGAAUGUUGUAGCCUCGAAAUGGAACAUGAUCAUAGUUUUUAAUAUGCUUCCAUUUUUGAAUCCAUGGAGAAAUGCGAGACCGUGUUAA